AUGAAGUGUUUUGAAAGAUACAAGAAAGACAAGAAAAGAAAAGAGAAGGAAAAGAAAAAAGAAAACAACAACAACAACAUUAUUAAAAGAAGAAAAGAAAAGAAGAAGCAAAUAAAACAAAUAAAAGGGGAAAUGAGGGAGUGUUCUCUCUAUCCCUGCGUGGGACUGCAGGAGGUUCCAGCAGUUAUGCACAUGUAG